CGCUCCGUUCUGAGUCUCGGGUGGACUCUCUUCUUUUUGGAAGUUCCAAAGUCUUUGUAACCGAACGGGAAGUUAAUGGCUUCGAUCUUCGCCGCGCCGCCGUCUCAACUGAAUCUCUGUUCUCGCCGCUCAAGUUCGAAUCGCAGAGCCCUUCUCCCCUCCAUUGUCGGCGUUAAACUUCACUCGAGCGGCUUUCCAGUUCCUUCUUUCAGGUUCAGGCACACCAAAGGAUUGGAAUUAAGCCAAAGAUCUUUUUCUAUAACAGCAUCAAAUUCCUCAGAUGGGAAUUCCAUUAAGGAGGAAGCAACUGGUGAUGCCCAAGGUCCUCCAUUUCUUACCAUUUUGGCUGGAUUUUUUGUCUUCUCCCUCAUAAUUUGGAUGAUCAGUUCUGCUUUCACGUCACUUAUAGGACUAGUCGUCAAGCUGAUCCCGGCAAAGUAAUGUAGCAUUAUUGUAGCUCUAUCACAACUCACUUUUAGCUAGUUUUAGCUUAUAUCUAGUGCAUAAUUUUUAUUUUCAUCUCAAUUACGCAUAGCUUCAGCCUUCAAAUAAUGUUUGAUCUGAA